AUGAAGCGCAAGGCGGCAUCCCAACCAGGGCUCAAGAGGGCGCCUCCCAAGCGCUCCAAGAGUUCUCUCUCAGAGUCUGAAGCCAAGUCUCGGUUCCGGGAGGGUCUCUUCGAGCAACAUGUCCUGGACACCUACACCAAGGGCUACGCUGAAUCGUCACCCUACAAGCACAGCGUCAUCAAUGGCUUAGUUGACGACUCGCUGCUUCGCAAAGUCCGCGCCGAGAUCCGGGAGAAUGUCAGCUUCACCCCAAAAGAGACCGAUAUCUACAAGAUUCAUCAGUCUGGAGAUCUGGCCAAUCUCGACGGCCUGGACGACGAGGCCCUAUCCAAGCUGCCCAGCCUGCUCUCCUUGCGAGACGCCAUAUACUCGGAAACAUUCCGCAACUAUGUCUCCCAUAUCACUGGCUGCGGCCCCUUGAGUGGCCGCAAGACCGAUAUGGCAAUCAACGUCUACACUCCCGGCUGCUACCUGCUCUGUCAUGACGAUGUCAUCGGCAGCCGCAAAGUCAGCUACAUCCUCUAUCUCACCGACCCAGACAAGCCAUGGCAGCCCGAGUGGGGCGGUGCCCUCCGCUUGUUCCCCGUCCUCGAUCGCAAGGGCAAGGGCGGCGUCAUUGCAAAGACUCCUGGGCCUGACGUUGUCAAGGUUAUCCCCCCAGCCUGGAACCAGCUGAGCUUCUUCGCAGUCCAGCCUGGUGAGAGCUUCCACGAUGUGGAGGAGGUCUAUCAUGCUGACACCAUGGAGGAUUUGGAGAGCCAGGGCGGUCGUGUACGCAUGGCAAUCAGCGGUUGGUUCCACAUCCCACAGGUUGGCGAGGACGGCUACGUCAAGGGGGCUGAGGAGGCACAGGUCAAGAACAGCGGCUUGAUGCAACUACAGGGUAAUCCGGACCAGCAUGACAAGCCGGAACCCAAUCCCGUUCCCGUCACGCAGAACAAGACCUUUGACGACUUUGGAGAGUCGGAUAUCGAGUUCUUGCUCAAAUUCCUCCACCCGACAUACCUGACACCAGACACCCUGGAGCAGAUGCAGGAGCACUUCGAUGAGAACUCAAGUAUCACCUUGCCCAACAUACUUAGCAAGAAAUUUACAGCAAGACUGAAGGACUACGUCAUCCAGAGGGAAGCCGAGAAGCUGCCGGAGGAAAGCGAAGCAAUUGAGCAGCAAACAGGUUGGAAUGUCGCAAAACCCCCACACAAGCACCGCUUCUUGUAUAUGCAGCCGGGACAGGGCGACAGGGAAAAAGUCUCUCCGAUCAGGGAAUUGCUUGAUGACUUCCUUCCUAGUGCUCAGUUUCGGGCCUGGUUGUCCAUGGCCACCAACUGCACUAUUGAGAGUACCGACCUCCUAGCCCGCCGCUUCCGACGCGGCCUCGACUACACGCUUGCCACUGGCCACGUGGGAAAACCUCGUUUGGAACUCAAUCUAGGCUUCACACCAACAUCUGGUUGGGGUGAGGACGAUGACGAAGAAGCAACAGCCACCGAGGAACAAAACAAAGGCAAGCAGACAAACGGAAGUAAAUCCAAGCACAAAUCAAAGGGCAAGGGCAAGGGCAAGAAUGACGUAGUCGCUGAAGAGUCUGAGAAAGAAGAGCCCGAAGAAGUUGGUGGCCAUGAGGUGUACAUGGCGGGUGAUGAUGGCGAUGAGGAAGACGCUGCAAUCUACAAGUCAUCUGCUGAUGACGACAACAUUCUGUUUUUCCAGGCGGCGGCGUGGAACAAGUUGACUAUUGUCCUGCGCGAUAGCGGAACAUUGCGAUUUGUCAAGUAUGUGAGCCGUAAGGCCAGGGGCGACAGAUGGGAUAUCAGCGCUACAGUGGAUAUUGAAGAACAGGAUGACGAUGAGGAUGAGGACGAGGACGAGGAAGAGGACAACGGGGCUGGACCUGCAAAUGGGGUUUCGCUGGAGGAAGAAUCGGAAGAAGAGUUCCAGGGUUUUUCGGACCAUGACGAUGAUUCUGAUUCCGAGUGA